AUGACUACUUCAAGUAACGACGUCGAAUGUUUGGUUGAAAACUCUGCCAAUCUUUCUAUUUCAGAACAAGCACAACAACCAGAACAACAACAACAAGCACAACCAGAACAACAACCACAAGAACAAGAAAACAACAAUGAAAAGCCAGAAGAAACGACAACUACAGAAACACCAAACAAGAUUGAUCAAAACCUAAUCAAACAUCCAUUACAAAACAGAUGGUCUCUAUGGUACGAUUUUCAUAACCAAAAGAUCUCUCAAGACAACUGGGCCGAGGGUCUAAAGAGAAUUAUCAGUUUCGAUACCGUCGAGGAUUUCUGGUGUAUUUUCAACAACCUUCCACAAAUCUCUUCCAUCAAGAGUGGGUCCAGUUUCCAUCUCUUCAAGGAGGAGAUCGAACCAAAAUGGGAAGACGAGGCCAACAAAAAGGGUGGCAAGUGGUUGUUCCAAUUCAGAGAAAAGAACAUGGCCGACAACUAUUGGCUUCAAAUCGUUAUGGCUAGCAUUGGUGAAACUUUUGAUUCAAGUGAUGAUAUUUGUGGUUUGGUCUAUAACUCUAGAAAGGGUGGUGAUAAGAUUUCUGUUUGGACUAGACAUUCUUCAGAAAAGGCUACUUUAGAUAUUGGUCGGGGACUCAAGGUUGCAUUGGAAACUAAUGGUACCAUUGGUUAUUCACUUCACUAUGAAACAAAGAAAAAGAACUUACAUCAACAUCAACCCAUCAACAAUAACAAUUAUCAACAACUAUACUAG